CCAGUUCCCAAACCGAAAAACAGGGAAAAAUGUUGGCCAAUGCUUUUUAUGGAGCAGUAGAGGAUGUCUUGGCCAUUAGGAGUGAUUGUAUAUAUGUGAGAGGGGAAUUACCUUUAUCUAUUUUAAAAGCAACUCAUAAAUAUAAAAUUAAAAAAUAUUCCCAG